AUGUCAAGGUCAGGAGCAGAAGAAAAGAGGCUCGCCAUUGAAAGGGGAGAUUUCAGUGAUGGUGUUCCUGCUAUUACAGUCAUUUGCGAUGGUGGGUGGUCCAAACGUUCACACAAACCCACUUACAAUGCUCUGGGUGGAGUCGGUGUUAUUUUUGGUGCUGUGACCAAAACAAUUUUGUACAUAGGUGUACGUAAUAAAGACUGUUCCAUAUGUUGCCGAGCCAAAAAUAAGGGGACUGACCCUAAAGAACAUACAUGCUUUAAGAACUGGUCAGAUAGUUCUCAGUCAAUGGAGUCUGACAUUAUUUUGACAGGAUUUUUGGAGGCAGAAUCUGUGCACGGUGUCAGAUACACAAAAAUCAUUGCAGACGGUGAUAGUUCUGUGUACGCUAAAUUACAAGAAAAUGUGCCAGUUUGGGGAAGAAAUAUUGUGAAACUUGAAUGUGCUAAUCACACAUGUAAAUGUUUACGGUCUAAUUUAGAAAAAUUAGUUACUGAAAAACCACAGCAUAAAGGGAAAGGAAAACUUACUAAGUUAAAUAGGAUUUUUGAAAAUCAAUACCAGUUCUGGAAAUUACCAUUUGAACAAGAAAUGGAAGCAUCAAGACGUCCAGUGAAAAAUAUUUGUACCAAAGAAGAAUUGAAAGAACUCAUAAAAGACACUCAGAUAUUAUUAAACAGAAUUGCAGAUAAGAGUGACAGACUGAUAGGAAACUUCACAACAAAUUUGUGUGAAAGUUGGAUGUCUAUACGUUCCAAAUUUGAUGGUGGAAAAUUUGUCAAUAGAUGUGGAAGAGGGUCUUGGAAUGCAAGGUGUUAUGGGGGUGGAUUAAGAAAAAAUCUCGGAAUAGCUUUGUCACCAUUAACCUUUCAUAAGGUCACACAAAUGCAGCCUGGACAAAACUUUUAUCAAGGAGUAAGAAGGCAGUCACAGAAAAGACAGAGCUCCGUAAAAUAUAACAAGAAACCAGAAAGUAAAACUUUACGCAGGAAACGGAAAUUUCAGGACUUAAAAGUAAGCCAGAGUAAACGAGCAAAAAUUGACUAUGGAAGUAAUCUAGAUGAUACACCAGACAUUUCACAAGUUUAA